AUGACUGUUACGCUUUUGUUUUUCUUUUAUCAUUUCUUCGUUAUCCAAUGCGCGACAGUAGAAGAAAGAAAGAAGUUCAAUCUUCAUGAAAAUAGAAAAAUUGAAUCUGUAUCAGAGAACAGGCUACCUGCAAUUCGUGGCAGAAGUUCAGAAACUGUACACAGUCUGAAAACAUGGUUUCCCACUAAUGUACUCGAAUGCAUGAGCUGGGAAUGCGUUUGUGAUCAUGUCGAAGGUGCCAAAUGGAUUAAAAAAACUUGUCAUAUGCCAGGGGGCACAAUUAUGAGAAAAGAAGUCCGAAAAGAAUACCGUAUGCUGACAAUUUCGGAAAAGAGAAUAUAUAGGAGAGCUUUUCUCUUGGCCAAUAAACCUGGGGGAAUUUAUAAUAUAUUGAGUAACGCUCAUUCCGAUUCUUCUUUGUCGCCUGCUGCUCAUAAUGGUCCCCAUUUUCUACCUUGGCAUCGAGAGUUUUUGAAGCGACUCAUCAUAGGUAUCAGAUUAAUUGAAGAAAAUGGGAAGUAUCCGUUUGCUUCUGUUUCAUUGCCUUACUGGGAUUCUAGCUUGGACGACCAUAUGAGAGAGAGGUUGAAUAUUAGUUCAACCAAUUCCGUUCUUUUCUCACCUCAUCUUAUGGGCUCUGUUGUUAAAGGAAUACUAGUUGAUGGUGAUUUCGCAGGAUUCGUUGGAAACCACGGGCACACGAGGAGGGAAUUAGAUCGAUUCGGAAGAAAAAUAGGUUUAUUGAAGCGUCAAGAUGUAGAAAGAAUGGUCAACUCAUAUAAUAUAACUGGAGUUUUGUCUGCUGCCGCGGGAAGCUCUAGGGAAUGCACGAAAAAGCUUCCCCGAAACGCUCUGGAGCUUUUACAUGGCAACGCUCACGUUUGGGUUGGAGGAAGUAUGAAACUCACUCGUAAUGCAACAAACGAUCCUAUAUUCGUGCUCCACCAUUCCUUUGUAGAUAUGCUAUGGGAAAGAUGGAGGAAGAAGAAGCAGAACAGUAAGGAACGUGAAAGCCAAUGGAAUGAUAUGACCAAAUGUUAUUCUUCUCAUCACAAGAGUUCGGCUGUCAUGAAACCCUUUGGUCUGUUAACUGGAAAAGAUGGCUGUUCCAAUAAAUAUGCAGAAAUGACAUCAUACUCUCCCAUUCCUAAGUGUCAUUCAUUCUGUCGUUCGAAAUAUCUUUAUUGUCAUGAAGGAUAUUGUGUAUCGCGUCUGAAGCCAAAUGGGCAAUGCCGAAUAAUUAACCGAAUCGAUCCGUGCUACCGAAGCAAAUGCACAGCAAGAGAUGGUCACAUAGGAUAUUGCAAGCCUUACAAAACUCUCCAGAGCAUCCGCGAUACAAAAAAGAGUGUUCGUCAGAAAACUAGUAAAAAACAGUUAAGAUUAGAGACUUGUUUCAAUAUGCACGAAUGUUGUAACUUCUGGGGAAAGCAAGGAGAAUGCAACAAAAGAUCUAAUGCGAUGAGUGAGGCUUGUCCAUUGAGCUGUGGAGUUUGCAAAGCUAAAACUUAUAAUAACAGAGAUGAUUGUACUGACCGGCAUUUCAAUUGUGAGCAUCUCCGAAAGUUAGGAGGCUGUAAAACGAGUUAUCCAUUUAUGGCGGAAAACUGUAGGAAAACUUGUGGAUUCUGUUCCAGACGUCGAAACCAAAACUGUUUAGCACCUCCAAGCGUCAAACAAAUACUUCAUUCGAAGAAAACUGCGAAACAAGCGAGAGUGAAAUUACGAUCAUUGUUCACAUGA